AUGUUGAUCCUGGCAUCUGUUGUGGCCAUCACUGUAUACCGCCUGGCUGUCUUCUUUACUUUUUCUCGUGAACUGAGGAAUACAAACUUGACAAUUGCUGAGCCAAUAAAGGAGUAUGUGACACCUCAGAUGGCCACUUCUGUCACAGCAUCACUGAUUAGCUUUGUUGUAAUCAUGAUCCUCAAUAUUCUAUAUGAGCGGGUCGCCAUCUGGAUCACAGACUUCGAACUUCCACGAACCAAGACGGACUAUGAGAACAGCUUGACGCUGAAGAUGUUCCUCUUUCAAUUUGUCAACUAUUACUCCUCAUGUUUCUACAUCGCCUUUGCAAAGGGGAAAGCAGUUGGCCAUCCAGGAAAGCCUGUUUAUCUUUUGGGAAAAUACAGAAAUGAGGAGUGUGAUCCGGGUGGUUGUUUGAUUGAGCUGACGACUCAGCUGGCAAUCAUCAUGGGUGGAAAAGCCAUCUGGAACAACAUCCAGGAGGUCUUGAUACCGUAAGGACUCGGAAUCUAGGACCUGUUUUUGUUGAGAUGAGGUUGAACGCUAACUAGCCAUCUUUUAAAAAGCUGUCCUUUUACUGUAUACAUGCAUUUGCUUGAAAAGUGAAUGGACCCACUUUUUCCUCAACAAUUCUACGAACUUUUCAAUUAAAUCCAGUCCAUUUG